GCGAUGGAACUUGAUUUUGGACACUUUGACGAAAGAGAUAAGGCGUCCAGAAACAUGCGAGGCUCCCGUAUGAACGGCUUGCCCAGUCCUACUCACAGUGCCCACUGCAGCUUCUACCGAACCAGGACCUUACAAGCACUGAGCAACGAGAAGAAAGCAAAGAAGGUGCGCUUCUAUCGCAAUGGAGACCGGUACUUCAAGGGGAUUGUGUACGCCGUCUCUUCGGAUCGCUUCCGAAGCUUUGACGCCUUGCUGGCUGACCUGACUCGGUCUCUGUCUGAUAAUAUUAACCUGCCUCAGGGAGUUCGCUACAUUUACACCAUUGAUGGCGGCAGGAAGAUUGGGAGCAUGGACGAGCUGGAAGAAGGUGAAAGCUAUGUAUGUUCUUCGGACAACUUCUUUAAGAAAGUGGAGUAUACCAAGAAUGUCAAUCCUAACUGGUCCGUCAAUGUGAAAACCUCUGCCAACAUGAAAGCGCCUCAGUCCCUGGCCAGCAGCAACAGUGCCCAGGCGAGGGAGAACAAGGAUUUUGUGCGUCCCAAGCUGGUGACCAUCAUCCGGAGUGGGGUGAAGCCCAGGAAGGCUGUGCGUGUGCUCUUGAACAAGAAGACAGCCCAUUCCUUUGAGCAGGUUCUCACUGACAUCACAGAAGCCAUAAAGCUGGAAACAGGAGUUGUCAAAAAGCUCUACACACUGGAUGGGAAACAAGUGACCUGUCUCCAUGAUUUCUUCGGGGAUGAUGAUGUGUUUAUUGCCUGUGGUCCAGAAAAAUUCCGCUAUGCACAGGAUGACUUUUCUCUGGAUGAAAACGAGUGCCGGGUAAUGAAAGGGACCCCUGCUACUACUCCAGGCAGCAAGUCAUCCCCGACCCCCCAGAAGAGUUCAGCAAAGAGCCCAGCCCCUGUGCGCCGGAGCAAAUCCCCCGCUGAUUCAGGUAACCAUCAAGAUGCAAAUGGAACAUCGAGCAGCCAGCUGUCCACACCCAAAUCGAAGCAGUCCCCAAUCUCCACACCUACUAGUCCUGGGAGCCUCCGUAAGCACAAGGACUUGUACCUGCCUCUGUCCUUGGAUGAUUCUGAUUCCCUUGGAGACUCCAUGUAA